AUGCAAGCGCCACAUGGCCCCAAUGGCACCGAGAGUGGUGGCAAUGGCCAUGCAGAGCCUGCCAGGCCCGCCAAGAUCUCCUUCUACGCGCCGGGCGCCUUUCCCAGCUCGAGAGCUUCAGGCGCCCCACCCAUCUACGCCGUGCCCGGCGGUGGGCGGCGGCCACGGGAGGCGGGGGAGUUGGACGGACGCCUCCGCGAUGCCACGAAGCCUCAGGAGCUGAUGCAGCUUGUGGCGCGCGAGCUCGCGCGCUUCGACAUCGGCAACCUGGUGGUGGCCUUCACCAGCGCCGCCAAGUUCGAGGACGGCUGUGACACGCACUCGGCGUGGCCGGGACUCCUCGAGCGCUUGCUGGAGACGGCGGACUUCCUCGAGCCGCGUGGCCUGUCCAUGACCGCCUACGCUGCAGCCAAGUUGGUCUUUGGCGACGACAGGUUUUUGGCUCCUCUCGCCGAGGCUAGCGUUCGAAGAGCCUCUAGGUUCGGCGCGACGGAUGUUGCCAAAGCUUGCUGGGCCUUUGCAAAGCUUCGCUUCGUAGAGGAGCCUCCGGCUAGGAGCUUUUGGCAAGCCAUGGCAGAACCUGCGGUGAGGAACAUCCCAGGAGCCCGCUUCGUGGAUGUGUCCAUGAUCUGCUGGGCCUUUGCCGCGACCGACCAGGCCUCCCCAGCUGUCUUCGAGGCGGCGUCGGCCGAGACGCGCGCCGUGGUGCACGAGCUGCCACCGCGAAGCCUCGCAGGAGUCGCAUGGGCCUUUGCUCGUGCCCGACAUCACGACCCGGGGCUCUAUCAGCUUCUGGCACAGCGAUCGGUCGAGGUGCUUAGUGAUUUUACUGCCCACGAUGCUGCCUCCUUCUGCUGGGGGUUCACUGCGGCGGAGAUGCCUCACACGCAGCUCUUCGAACGACUGGCGAUGCAUCUGAACCAGCCUGGCGAGCGGAAUGUGAGCGCCUUGCGGCGCCUGAGUGCGCCGCUCGCGGCCGAACUGAGCUGGGCCUUUGCAUCUGCCUCGAUCCAGGCGCCGGGCACUUUUGAGACGCUGGCGGAGGUGUGCAC